AUGUGGCUCUAUCUGCAGGUAUUUGCUUUGAGGGACGCAGGGCAUUUAGCAGAGAAUGCAACAGCUUAUGUGAGUCUGGAGCCCUGCAACCACUACGGGAGAACCCCUCCCUGCACUGAAGCACUCAUCAAAGCCAAAGUUAAGGAGGUUGUGGUGGGGAUGACUGACCCAAAUCCUAUUGUAGCAUCCAAAGGGAUUGAAAAACUCAGAAAUGCCGGCAUAGAUGUAAGGGUUGGCGUGGAGGAAGCAUUAUGUCUCAGAUUAAAUGAGGCUUACAUUCACCGUAUGCUUACUGGGAAGGCCUUUGCAACUUUGAGAACUACACUCUCGAUGAACGGAACUGUCAUAAAUCAAAUUGGGAGCGGAGCUGAUCAACCAGGAGGAUACUACUCGCAACUAGCGAAAGAAUACGACGGAGUUAUAAUUUCAAGCGACAUGGCCAAGGCGACUACCUUACCAAUAUCACGCGAGGCUGGCGCAAAGCAGCCUCUUUACAUCAUCAUAGCGCAGGGAGAAGGUUCCAAAGUACACAUCCCGUUUCUCAAUGAAGAGUCUGCAUCUAACGCCAUAGUCCUGGCUGAUAGUCCCGUCGCCGUGGAGCCAUCGGGAGUCAGCGUCUCGGUCCUCGACCAGAUGAACCUAGAGUCCAUCCUCCGACUUCUCGCGGAUCGAGGGUUGUGCAGUGUGCUGGUUGAUUUCCGAGAUGCCGGAGGCGUCCUGGUGCCGCUGCUGAGCAAGUUUCAAGAGGACAAGCUGGUGCAGAAGGUUGUUGUGGAGCUCUCACCUGUCUGGGUGGUGAGCCCAGGGCCGAGCGACCUGGCGUUUGGUGGCAGCCAGUCGUUUCCACUCAAGAACGUGGAGCACAAGGAGGAAACUAUUGUCCACAGUUAUUUUUCCAAUGCCAUUGGUAGGGGUCAUGCAACAACCCAAGAUUUUAAUUGGGAGAACCCAAAUUUGGGGCACACAGACCUAAAGGGCAUUGACGAACCAUUCACGAGGAGGAGGUCAAGAGUGCCGUGGACCAAAUGCCGAGUGACAAGGCACCCAGCCCAGAUGGCUUCACCAGCGCUUUCAGUGCUAUAA